AGCUCGUGUUUUCUUCGAGGGGGGAAAGCGCUGUUGGAGCGUUUCGCGGCCUUGAAUCUACUUUAUAGGAAUGAAAAAGGAAUAAACACAAGUUUGUUUCGUACUUUUCCAUGCAACAGGCAGAAAACGUUGGAUAAAGCACAAAACGGAGGUCACGGGAUGGUUAAAUGGUUUGCAUUAUUGAAAUCACAUGUACUGCUUGUGUAACUACAAAGGCUGUUGCAUUUGUUAAUGCAGACGGUUGUUUAUGGACAGGCCGCAGUUAUUAGACCAAUGCUUUACUGCAUGAACCAGGAGAUUUGUGAGUGUUUUGUGAGUCAAAAUAUUAGCAGCUCCAUAGUCUUUGCUGUUGUAUAUGGAUCUGAAGCGCCUGGCAGCAUUAGGUGGCCUUGGAUGUAUGGAUUUGCGGAGAAAUGCACACGCAUACAGUUAAAAGACAGACAUUAAAUGUCCCUCAGAGACUUCCCACUCAUCAUCUCACCUGUCUGCUUCAUUAUUUUGGCUAGACGAGGAAUAUUCUGUUUAAUUUUAUAAUGCAAAGUCGUUGCAUGCUCCACAAAUGCAUCCACACCAAAGGCAUUUGCUUCCAAUAAGAAAGGAUAUCACAAAUCUUAAAGAAACAGUUUGAUUUUUGUAAAUCAUUUUUUAAAAAUGUAAAUAAAGUUUGUGACUAGGUAAUUCUGUAAAAAGAGGUCAUAUAAAGUACAUAUUGGCACGUUUUCAAGUUUAGGCUAUGUUUGGAUUUGCAUACUACUCUUACUAUUUCAUGUAUACUGGGCGUAGCAUGCUAAUUAUCUGUAUGCAUGGUGGUACAUUACCGUAGUAGAGUUCAGAAUGGCAUACUACCAUACUACUUUUACUAGUUCUGGCGUAUCUGUAUAUGACCGAGUAGUAUGCCAUUUUGUACUACCAUACUACUCUUACUAGUUCUGGCACAUCUGUAUAUGACCGAGUAGUAUGCCAUUCUGUACUACCAUACUACUCUUACUAGUUCUGCCGUAUCUGUAUAUGACCGAGUAGUAUGCCAUUCUGUACUAACAUACUACUCUUACUAGUUCUGGCAUAUCUGUUUAUGACCGAGUAGUAUGCCAUUCUGAACUCAGUUGACCACUUUUGUCAGGAUGAGCUUGAAUCGAAGCACACUGCAUGGAGUACUGUAUCCCACAAUGCAGUGUACUUGACCUGACCUUCCAUUUCCAGUGUGACAAGUGAACUGGAACUGUGGCCACAAUUUUUAAGAGCUCUAUUUUGACUCAUUAUUUGAUUGGGUGGACAAAAGUUAAAAGGCGUGGUCAUCUAUAUCGUACACCUUCGCACGAUGAAAUUCCGCAGGCGAAGUGGGAAUCUGCGCGAUUGUGAAUUUCGCGCAAUGGACUUCCGGUGGCAAAGAAUUUCUGCUCGCUGUUUUUACAUGGCGUUCAAGUUUGAUUAAUUUUGACAGGUGAAUUUGUUUAAAGUGCAGCAUUAAAAAGAGGCUUUUUGCUGGUUUCACACAUGCACAACACCAACCUACACCAUCUUCGCUUGUGGAAUGUCGCAGUGCAAAGUUAACGAGACUGCCCCUUAGCAAAGUUUUACUCUAAAUUUAAUUUAAAAAUGGCACAUGACCAAAUUAUUCCAAGAUAACUGAACGACAUGAGUGUAACGUAAUGACGUCAUGUGACAACAAUGUAGCAUACUACCGUUUGAAACGUUUAGCAUUGCUUACUUUAUCACGUACUAUUUUUAGAAAUAGUAGGCAGUAUGCAGUAAAUACUUCCCAGGAUUCAGUUGGUUUUCCAUUCCGAACACGGCCUAAGGCUAAAUCCAUAAUAAAAUGUUUUUGUUUGAAAACGUAUUCAUUUCGCUCCACACUAGAACAGUGGUUUUCUCCUCCAAAAACGGAGACUUUCAAAAACGCGUAGAAAAUUGAAAACAGAGGUUCCAAACUUAACAGAUUAGUAUGAACUUCACCUUUUCCAAUGGGCUGGUCAUCAGGUAAUACUGGUCAACAGGAAUAUCAGCAUUCUUCAUUAAAACUAUGUGCAUGUUUGUGUGUUUUGUUGUUUUAUAGGUGUUGAGAAAUCACGCAUGAUUUUAAGUGUAUGGAGAGAAUGUAGAGGAGAGACGUGAAUACAAUCAGCUUCUGAUUUUUUAUAAAUUUCAUUUCUUUGAGACGAUGGCCUACCCAUAUUAUAGCUCACUAAACCGGGCUCAGCUCACCUUUGAAUAUCUGCACACAAACUCGACAACCCACGAGUUUCUAUUUGGAGCUUUGGCCGAACUCGUGGAUAACUCGAGAGACGCAAACGCCACACGGAUAGACAUCUACACAGAGAAGAGACCAGACCUGAGAGGCGGGUUUAUGCUCUGUUUCCUUGACGAUGGCACUGGAAUGGAACCCAGUGAAGCCACGCACGUUAUCCAGUUCGGCAAAUCGAGCAAACGGUUCCCAGAGUCUACUCACAUUGGCCAAUAUGGAAAUGGGUUAAAGUCGGGUUCAAUGCGUAUUGGGAAGGACUUCAUCCUCUUCACCAAAAAAGACGACAAAUUAACAUGUUUGUUUUUGUCACGAACAUUUCAUGAAGAAGAGGGUCUGGACGAGGUGAUUGUUCCAUUGCCCAGUUGGGAUGCGAAGACCCAGCAGCCUCUGACUCAAGACUCUGAGAAAUACGCGAUCGAGACCGAACUGAUCUUUAAGUACUCUCCCUUUAAGAAUGAAGAGCAGCUAUUUCGGCAGUUCAAGAAGAUUGAGGGACCCAGUGGCACUUUAGUUGUAGUUUACAAUCUGAAGCUGAUGGAUAACAGAGAGCCAGAGUUGGAUGUGGAAACGGACCACCAGGAUAUUCUAAUGGCCGGGACACCCGUAGAGGGAGUGAAGCCGGAGAGAAGGUCCUUCCGUGCGUAUGCUGCUGUCCUUUACAUCGACCCUAGAAUGAGGAUCUUUAUCCAGGGUCACAAAGUCAGAACCAAGAGAUUGUCCUGCUGCCUAUAUAAUCCUAGGAUGUACAAAUACACAUCAACACGCUUUAAAACCCGCGCUGAGCAGGAGGUGAAGAAGGCGGAUCACCUCGCAAAACUUGCUGAGGAGAAGGCGAGGGAGUCCGAGAGUAAAGCUCGUGCUCUGGAGUUAAAACUUGGUGAUGAUUUAUCCAAAGAGGCCAGGGCCGCGCUAAGAAAAGCACAAGAUUCGGCUGUGAUGUUACGUGCAGAAGCUACCAGAAAACAAGCCAUCCAUGCAUCCAAACAAAAAGCUUUGAAGGAGCCUAAGGAGCUGAACUUUAUCUUUGGCGUGAACAUCGAAAGACGAGACCAGGACGGAAUGUUUGUAUACAACUGCAGCCGUCUCAUUAAGAUGUAUGAGAAAACGGGACCGCAGCUGGAAGGAGGAAUGGCAUGUGGCGGUGUUGUAGGAGUGGUGGAUGUUCCCUAUCUAGUAUUGGAACCAACACACAACAAGCAGGACUUUGCAGAUGCUAAAGAAUACAGACAUUUACUUAGAGCCAUGGGAGAAUAUCUCGCACAAUACUGGAAGGACAUUAGUAUAGCUCAGAAAGGUAUAGUGAAAUUCUGGGAUGAAUUUGGUUAUUUGUCGGCCAACUGGAACUCCGUCCCAUCCAAUGAACUUCGGUUUCGCCGACGGAGAGCCAUGGAGAUACCAGUCACCAUCCAGUGUGAUAAGUGUUUAAAGUGGCGGACAUUGCCGUUUCAGAUGGACGCCGUGGACAAACGUUACCCAGACAGUUGGGUGUGUCUCAUGAAUCCAGAUGGAACUCAGGACAGAUGUGAUGCCUCUGAGCAGAAGCAGAAUUUGCCCAUUGGUGUGUUGAAAAAAGACAUCAAAACAACAGAGGACAAACAGAAAGAUCUGUCUCAGAAGAUCCGCCAACAGCAGGAAAAACUAGAAGCCCUGCAGAAAACAACAACAAUAAAAUCUGCAGUAGAUAUAAAACAGCUCCCACCAGCAAUCACAGCAAAACCCACAGAAGAGCGUACACCUCAGCCGACCCGCUCAUCCCAGCGAGCAGCCCCCCGCCCUCGCUCACCUCCUCUCCCUGCAGCGGUCAGAAAAGCUGUCAGUCAGUCACCGGCAGCAAAAACUCCACCCCCUAAACCAACGCCACCAUCACGACCUACUCGGACCCCACCAGCUCCUCCCCCACAACCCAAAGCUAAGCCGUCACCUGUUCCUGCCGCAAAGUCUACAAAACCCGCCCCCCAACUUGUAGCCCCGCCCCCAACUCCACCCUCAAAAGCACCAGCUCGCAGAAGUGCCACGCAGAGUCGCGCUGCGACACCAUCUUCCACCAAGACUGCAAACAAACAAACUCCAGCCACCAAGAAAGGCAAUGCAAAGAAGGGUAGAGUCCAGGAAGAGGAAGCUGAUGAGGAGCAAGAAGAGAGUGAAGAGGAGGAGGAAGAAGAAGAGGAGGAAGAAGAGGAGGAGGAGGAAGACAGUGCAUCAGAAGAAGAUGAGCCACAGCCCAAAAAAUCGAAGAUGGUGGCGUCUGUUCAGGGUCGAGGGAAAGCUGUCGUAGAGAAAACCCCAACACCACCUAAACAGACAAGCACAGAGCAUGUCACUAACAGCACUAAUGAAGAUCUGAAGAAAGACGCUGCAAAAAAUGCUCAGAAAGAUAAAGGCAUUCUGGUAGAGGCGAAGGUGAACGGGGAAUGGUUCACGGGUCGCGUUACUGCGGUUGAGACGGGGAAGGAGAGUGUACGCUGGAAGGUCAAGUUUGACUACGUUCCCAUGAACACUCCAAGAGACCGCUGGGUGUUUAAGGGCAGUGAAGACGUCCGUCUUAUGCGUCCCGCCUCGCCAGAGUCUCGAAGUCCAGACACCAAUCAGAUUCCAGCACGUUCUGUAACCCCGCCCACCACUGCCGAGCCAGACACAACUCAGAGCGGGCCAAGCAGGGAGACGACAGAAGGCCUCGUCACCAUGAUGAGGACGUUGCUACGGUAUUUUUUCCCGCCAGAUUUCCGAAUCCCUAAAGAUUCGGUGAACACUAUGAGCGCCGAGGACCUUGUGGCCUUCCCCAUCAAAGAGUAUUUUCAACAAUAUGAGGCUGGGCUGCAGAGUUUGUGUAACUCCUACCAGACUCGGGCAGAGUCACGGGCACGUGCUGUGGAGGAGAAGAGCAGCGGAGCAGAGGCUAAACUCAGAGAGUCUGAAGACAAACUUCGUAAACUACGAACGAACAUCGUCGCUCUGCUGCAGAAAGUCCAGGAGGACAUAGAGAUCAGUAGUGAUGAUGAGCUGGAUGCCUACAUUGAAGAUUUGGUCACCAAGGGAGAGUGAAACACUACAUCUAUUCUAUUUUACCUUCCUUCAUUUUCACUCUCUUCAUUUGUGUUCCAAUCAUUUUACGUGUUCAGUCGGAUGACCGGAGAUGAUUGCUGGUCGACCGCAUCUUCAUACCUGCCCAAAUACUGUGACAGAAAUCUGUAAAGCAGCAAGAACUUCAUGGCCGACUUCAACGUAAUCCUCCGUUCAAAAACACCACUAACACCGUCAACUCAUUCCUGGAGCAGAUAGCGUUUUCAUUUUGGACCUUGUGGGCCGCGUGUGAUGAGUGGAGAUCAAACCAGUUUCCUAGUUUUCUUGGUAAAUUGGUUUUACUCUUCACAGAGCUAAAGAGUUCAUAAUGUUGGCUGUUUUUAGGGUCUCAGUAUUGUAAAGCUUCAUUCUCAACCCUGAACUGCCGAUUUCAUGGAGUACGGAGAUGUUCUCACAGCUUAUAACGACUCUGCAAACCAGUUUGACUAUAAGCGAGCUUGAAAUGGGCUUUAACUUGCUGCUAUGUAUACGAAUUGUUUCAAGUUUGAGUUACAUCCCGUUUUUUCCACGUACUUGGACGCGACAUCUAAUUUGUGUUAUUUUUAUUUUUGUGUUAAGUUUUAUCUCUCCAUUUCCGUUUUUUGGAAUAAACACUGAUCUGAUACUGUUAACCUCUUCAGUUACAGUAUUUAGUCUUCUUCUUUAUAUCUGAGAAUAUUUUUAAAAAGUUUUAUUAAAACAGUCCAAUAAAGUUCA